CCUUUUCCCGAUGGUUAACAAUCGCGGAUGAAAUUUGUAAAUUGUAAUUAUUGUUUUAUUAAGUGCGUAUAACAAUAGUGAAGUGUGGCAUCACUGUUUCUUAUUUUGACAUUCGUUGACAAACUUUGGCGAUUCCCAGAAUUGGGCGAAAAGGGCACAGAAUUUAAUUUAAUUAAAUGGAAACUACGGAGGAAAAGCCGUCGACCGAUGGUAGUAAAAGCAAAGUUAGCGGAUCUAGCGACGAAAAAGACGAGAAAGCUCCAGACAGUUCUGAAAACAACAGUUCACAAAAGCUGAAAACAAACAAGCCUAAGAAAAGGAAGAAGCCCAAAGAUGUGACGGCCCCUCGACAGCCACUGACGGGUUAUGUUCGUUACUUAAAUGAUCGACGUGAAAGUGUCCGAGCGGCAAAUCCCAACCUGCCUUUUGCCGAAAUCACUCGUCUCCUCGCAAGCGAGUGGACUAAUCUUCCAGCUGACAAAAAGCAAUCUUAUUUAGAUGCCGCUGUACUUGACAAAGAACGUUACACCAAAGAGUACAAUGCGUACAAGCAAACACAGGCCUAUAAAAGCUACACAAAGCAAGUUAGCGAAAAGAAGCUAAAGGAGAAUAAGGAUGAGCUUAAGGCCGUAACUGUACCUAAAGAAUCUCACAGCAACGAAAUAGACAUGGGAAACUUCGACAUUCCAAUAUUCACUGAAGAGUUUCUUGAUCAUAACAAAACUCGAGAUGCCGAACUCAGACAGUUGAAAAAAUCGAACACGGACUACGAGCAGCAAAACUCACGUUUGCAAAAGCACAUCGAAGAUGUUAAAGGGGCGAUAGAAAAACUGGAAGUGGAAAUUUUACAGCAAAGAAAAAACAAUAAAUCCCUACAGCAACAUUUGGAUCAUCUGAGAUCUACCCUCACAUCUGGAUUUGCCAACAUCAAAUUACCAGGGACCGACGAAGUUCCGACAUUGCAGACGAUUGACACAUACAUGGGUAGUUUGCAUACAAUUUUGUUAGAGAAUAGCAGUCAGGAUGCUCAAUUUUUGCAAAUGGUUAGAGGUAUUGUGGCUCGGUUAGAGUUUAAUGGAUGACAACCAGAUUCUGCCAACAAAUCCAUUGUUGCAGAAAGGCGUAAGAAGAAAGCAAAAAAAUGAACAAUCAUAUGUUCCUCUAAAAUUUCGAUUAGGCUCUUUACAUGGCAGCAUGCCAAUCUAAUCUACUAUAACACUUUAUAGUUACUUGUUAACUUUCAUUAUUUAUUAUACUUUUUUUUAAUAAAUUCUUUUUAUUUACAUAUAA